GCGUUCUGACUACCUUUAAUUUGCAUAGACGGGUUUCGUCUGCAGUUAUUGAAGGUUCGGAAGGUUGACUUGCUAACAAACAGCGGGGGCUGCUUAGCGAGACAGCAAGUGGUGAUUUACUUCACGUCGCAAAUCCGGGUGUUGGGGUUGAGACAGGGCGGUCGUCUUCGCCCGGUCUUGUUACGUAUAAAUGCGGUGAUCGUGCAUGUACCCGGCACUCACACUUCUCAUAAUGAAGGGGAAAAUAGCAGCGUCACGGUCGAGUUGUUCCUUGGUCGUUAAGUCGUCAGAGUAGCUUGAGGGACUGGGGCUUCUCGACACUGAUAAGGACGGAUAGUUACUGUUAUAACCAGCUUUGGGACGACCCAUGGUACUCCGGCUGGGUGAAGACGACUGCUAAUGAUAAGUUGUAGUCCCGGCGUGAGGUGACUAGUGUGGGAAUAUGCAUCACACAGGGGACGCCGUCAAGCCCACAGCAGAGCUGUCGUCGUUUGGGAACAGUUACAUGUCCCCUAACACCCCCGGGUCUGGCUUGUCCUGUGUGUGGGGGGACCACAACCAGAGGCUACGGGAGAUCCUUGAGGACAACCGGCUACCCCAGAUUGUGAAGAUCUGCGAGGAGGAUGUGGUACAGAGUAAUGGGGAAGGAAGUGAAGGGUUCAACUUCCAACAACCCCUGCUCCUGUAUAAGGAAGUGAAGCUGACGAGGGUGUUUUCGCGGAACGUGCGUCGUGACCCGGGACCCAGAGGAAGGGAGAGGGAGGUCGGACCCUACGUCGUCAUUCCGGAACAUUACCCAGGUUUCUUCAAAGUUCUGAACACCGAGGGCAGUGAUGACAUGGCCUUGACCUCCUUAUCCACCGUCGCUAGAAUUAUGCCAGCGUCCUUUCUGUGCCUCGUAAAACUCAAAGGCUUCGUAGCGCAUCACCAACGGAAGGAUACAUUAGUAUAUGAAAAGAAGGAGAUCCCACCGGGACUACUUUAUGUUAUGAAUAUUCAUGAGGAUCAGGUGACAUACAUCAAUAGCCGGAAGUCUGAGAAACGGAAGCUGAUUCUGUCCCUGCGUUGUACAAACCGAGACCGAAACGUAGAGAUAUUAUUGCCCUACGAUUCAACUGGACAAUUUUAUAUUGUCGAUCUGAAGAAAAGUAGUUCCCGAAGUUGUGUGAACGCGGGCGCCUUUGCUCACACUAUCUCUAGCAUCAUGCAAACGUUUGACAAAGACAGUGUAACUAAAGUACAACUUAUAUACGGCGACCCCCCUUCCCAGGAAUGUCAGUUUACGGGGGUUCUCAGAAUUAGUCACGUGACCAAAGAACAUACUGUGAUUGCAUGUACAUUGAAUUCGGUGGAGCCGAAAAUUUUAGAAUUAUCAAUUACUCCACAUCCAAAGUUCAAACUAGCUUUACAAACAGCGGACCAACACAGCGACGUCGUGAAGAGAAAGUGUUUGGCGUUCAUGAAAACUGCCUACGAGAAGUUCCGACGAGAUUUGAAGGUUCGGCGAGAUUACGAGAUCGAGAAACGAGACUUGAGGGAGGAUUACGACUAGGGCUAGUGUGCAAGGCGAUUAAGCUUGUCCCAUGUUGACUUCGUGUACACUUGUUACUCCGCACAUUAUCCGCUUGUGCGUGCGACUCUGAGAGGGCCAUUGGUCUAAUGUGCUGCAGUAAUUACGUAUUUGAUUGACACUGUUGGAACGACAGGAAAGUGAGCCUUUUGGGUAACAAUGCACUGUAUAUCUGAAAAGUUUUGCGAGCAGCGAAAACUGCGAGCGACACACACAAUAGUUUCAUGAUACAGUUAUUUUGGCAGACCAACAACAAACAAAAGACGUAGGGAGACAUUUUUCUUGUAUUCACUUCACUGUAAAUCGGGUGUUCUUUAACUUCUUUUGAGUAGUAUAUAAUACUGAACAAAAAUGGAGAUCAUGAAUAUUUUGGCGCAUAUUUUUUGUAGUGAAGGGUGAGCUCAAAAUUUAAAAUAAAUAUCCCCAGGAAUGAUCCCUAAGUGGUUUGUCAAGUAUAUACCCUUUUCAUUUGACGUGGCUGACCAAUCUGCCUUUGUCUGAAACGCUUUGUCUUGUAGGAGUAUCGGGUAUAGAGAUAUAUUUAAUUAACUGAAUUUGAUCAUAAAUGUUGAAUAUUGCGUGCGUGUAAACCUUAGGAAUUGACGGUGCUAAAUACGUCCGUACCCUCGUUUCAGAAAUGUCGAAAUGUUUCCACAUUUCAUUGGUUUGAAUUGAGAUAGAGGGAGGCACAGCUUAUCGCGAACAUGGACGUAUAUCUGUACCUGAACUCCUUCAUCACUUUAAGCUUAUUAACCCACCAGCUGUAAUCGAAUUUAGGGUUCAUGUUUGUCAAACAAACUGAAUUAUUGUACUCCAUGCAAUGAGGAAAGAAACGGUGAUUGAAAAAGGCCACCAGUAGUAUUACAUCCUGCUAUAGCCGAAGGGAGACUACUUCUCAAUCAGUACAUGUAAUGCUUUACGACGUAAUGUCCAAAGUUCCUGUACUGCACAUGUAUGUGAUAUACACGCAUAUGUGUAUACAUUAUAAUUUAAGUUGUUACAUAGGGUUGUUAUGAUUUGAAAUAUCUAUAAAUUUUGAAACUAUAUAUUUCUACUGUAGUGAUAGGGUAAAAUGAAGACAUGAUCUCAGAAAUACGUGUAUAAAAUAUGAUCAGAAUAAAAUAUGUAUUUACAA